GCUGCAUCAACUACCAAUCUUUCUGCUCCUCCAAUACCAAGAUCUGGAUGUAAAAAUUUGAUCAAAACGAAUUUGUAAAUAUUAUGAUGGACAUGGCAGUUUGAAAAAGUUUUGUUUUAUUGUUGUAUCUGUAUAAAAAUUAUCACAAUGAAUUUUGGCAUUAACUGGGAAGAAGAGCACAGGCGGACAUUGUUAGAAAGAAAUGCACUACUGGAACAUUCUUCAGAAUCUAUUGCCAGAUCUCAAGCAGUUGCUGCUGAGACUGAACAGAUAGGAGCAGAAGUACUGUCUGAACUGGAAGGACAAAGAGAACAAUUGUUGCGAGGGAACAGAAGAUUAUCACAAACAGAUGAAGAAUUACAUGAAAUAAGAAAAAUAUUACAUGUUAUGCGCAGAAAAACUUUAAUACAGAGAUGUAUAUACAUUUUAAUUAUAUUAAUAGAAGUAGUUAUACUUGGUAUUGUUAUAUAUUUUAAAUUUUUCUACAAAUGA